CUGCGAUGACAUAAAUACCACUGUGACCUGUGAUCGGCUCCCUCUUUUUUCUUCAGUAGUCUAAGAAGAAACAUCAUGGACUGUGGUGAAGGGAAAGUCUCAGCAGACACAUCAGACUGUUACCUGAACUUUCACAAGCUCUAUCUGCAUCUGCAGGGCGACAGACAACCAAACUGGCUGAAGAAGCUCUUCACUGACUUCAUCACCUUCACUGUCAAACUAGUCAUCAAAGGACAGAUUUGUAAAGAGAUCAACAAGGCAACAAAUAUACUGGCUGACUUCAUACAAGACACAGCAGAGGACUUCCUAAGUGAUGGAGACAUUACUGUGGAUAUUAGUGUAACUGCUCAACCUACCAUCACUACGAACUACAUCGAAUCAUACCACAAGAGUUAGUAUGGUAACAAGAACCAUACUCUACAACGUGGCGCCAUGACCCGAGAGCCAGCUGAACUCUGCAAGACAACCGGUCCAUUUCCUGAGUAAUGGUCUCGGACGACUAACAGCGGUAAUCCUGUGCCAGGCUGAGCUGAGUUGGAGAUCCGAUAUGCGGUCCUGAGCUGAAUGCUUCCCUGAUCAGAUAGUGACCUCCUGGUUGCAGUCAGAGCUGUGAGCAGUCCCACACAUCAACGGGCCCGUCAGGAAAUAGGUAAGCGGAACCUUUGUUAUACAUAAACUCCGCACAUUGAAUUUAUUCUAAAUUAAAGUUGAUGUGUGAGCUGUCCACUCUUGACGUUCUGAAUUUGUU